CGUGCCUUGACCGCGCUGCCGCACGACAUGAAGAUAGUGUCUAUCUUUGUUGGGACGCAAUGGCUCGCAUCGAUCGCCUUGUCGCAUCGUCGACAUCCCUCUCGGAGCAUCCCAUCAUGAUGAAUCGUGCUGCAUUAGACCACGUGAGCUACAUUUUGCCCUACUGGAUCGACGCACCGGCGUUUCCCGACAGCGGCACCACGAUGCACUUUCCGCUGCACGCGCAGGCCAAGGCGCAACUGCCGUCGACGUGCGCCCUCCUCGAGCACAUUCAGCCGUCCAUUUUGCUCUCUUACGGCAGCUGCAGUCGCUCGAGCUCACCAACCACGUGCUCUCGACGCGCGUGUGCUACAAGAAGACGUGGACGUCGCCGCACCUUGUGACGCUGCACACAAGCGAGACGGCGUCCCAGCAAUGGUAUGUGGCCGAGCGCGCGGUCGUCGUGCCUACAAGCAACCUCCGCGAGCACGUGCUUGAAGGCACUUCGACGCUGCUCCAAGUCGCGUUUCCCAUCACGGACGAGAGCGUCGCAUCGCACCCGCUGCAGUCGGUGUUUGCCUACUUGCCGCUGCAGAGCUACGGCUUUCGGUGCAUUCUGCAAGCCGACUUUGAAGUGCCGUCGUCGCGCGAGGCCGUGCUCGACUCGUCGUGGAACCAAUGGCUCCUCCUCGAGUUCCCGUCGCUCUUCGUGCACGCCUUCCUCGACGUUGUCCAAAGCCACCCGCACUUGAUCCGGCUUCUGCCGCUGCUCCACGAGGUCCAGCCGCCGUUCCACGUGCUCGCCCAAGACAUUGGCGUCCGACUGCAGUCGAUGCCGAUCGUGCAAAACACAGCCGGCCGCUGGGUGCACCCGACGUCGGUGCUCGAUGCGCUCGACCUCUUUGGCGACGACGCGCCGACGCCGUGCGACAAGGUCCUCCGCGACGUCUGCGAGAAGGACUAUCUGCACCCGUCGUUCAGCGCAUGGCUCUCGCCCGAGAUGAAGCGCACGCUCGGCAUCCAAGCGCUGAGCAGCGCGCAUCUGGUGCACAUUGCGAAAUCGACCAACUCGCUGCUGUCCAUCGCGAGCCACGGCCGCCUCUUCGUGCAACUGGCGCGCCUCGCGCACCGCGAACGCUCGACGACGGCGGUCGCUGCCCAGAUCCAGCACGUGCGUCUUCUGCCACUGGCGGUGGCGGGCGACACCACGACGCUCGCAACGCCAGCGUCAAAUGUCUUUUUGCCCACGGACGUCGUGCCGACGACGAUGCCGUUUGCCUCCGAGAUCCAGCUCUUGGCGCCAAGCGUCUGCGAGCAGCUGCAAGCGACACCGAUCGCGCGGGCGUUCGCGCUGCUCAUUGGCGUCAAGCCGAUGAGCACCACGGACGUGCUCUUGCACCACGUCUUGCCGCGCGCCAAGGCCGCGAGCAAGAACCACGAGGACCAGCACGCAGUCCUGGCCUUUCUCCUCGCGACCUACGCGACGGCGCACGAACCACUCGCGUCGAAUGUCGUGUCGGCGAUCAAGGAGAGCGUCUUUGUACGCACAACGCGAGGGCAUCUCGUGCCGCUCUCGGCCCAGCUGUACCUUCUCAACCCGCAUCUGCCGGACGCGACGGUGUUUGACGCCUUCUCGGUCGUAGACCCGGCGACGUACGGCGAGAAGGCGGCCGCUUUCUUCUCGAACGUGUUGCACGUGCCCGUGCUCUUGAGCCUCGACGCCGGCGUCGUGCCCGGCUUGGACGCGAUCGUCGCGUACGCGGCAGCCACGCCAAGUGUCCCCGUCGCCACGGCGCUGCUUGCGUUUCUCGACCAGUCGUGGCGGGUGACGCAUGCGCCAUUGCUGCACGCGGCGGUCGCGACGUUGACGGCCCACGCGUGGGUGCCCGUGCAGCGAGCGUCGGUCGUGACGCUCGUGCGACCGAAAGACGCGUAUAUCUGUGCGCCAACGCUGCCGCGUCGCCUGCGUUCGCACGUGUCUGCCGUCGUCGUCGACGUGACCAACACGGCGCUAAUCGCCGCGCUGCAGAUGCACCACGGAUUGUCCUGCGACGAUCUCGUGCAGCUGCUGCAGUCGCCGUCGACGUCGACCGCCGAUGGCCUCGUCAUCUUGCAGCACUUGCAGACGCUGCUUCGGGACCUCUCGGACGCGGACGUCGCGCGUGUGCGUGACGCGUUUGCCGCGGCGCCGCUUGUGUUGGCGGGCGACGGAAACCGACGCACCUUGGCGCAGUGUGUGUGGAAGAUGCCGGAGCCGGUGCUUCCAGGCCUCUUCGCACUCGCCUCGGUGUACCCCAAGACGCUCAAGGAUCUUUUUCUGCGCCUCGGCGUGCCCACGCACCCGACGAUGGCCAACGUGCUCGCCGCGCUUUCGUCCAGCGUCGAGGACACGCGCCCGCACUUGGCGUUCUUGGCCGCCCAUUGGCAAGACGCGCUGCCGUUCAAGACAACGCUGGAUGCGAUUCCGUUUGUGCAAGCCACGACCGGCGACAUGGUCACGUUUGGCGCCGGUGCGUACUGGACGAAAGGCAUCCCGUCGUGGUUUGAAGCGCUUUCGCUACGUGCGCCGCUCGUCGACGUUGCGUCUCCUGUCAACGCGCCGUUCGAAGCGCUCGUGCAGGCGUGGCCAACCCACAACCUCGAGAAUGCGAUCGUGUCGGCGCCGACCGAGUGGUGUGCGCGCGUCGCCGCUGUCUGCGCCAACGGAACCGUGCGCGAGAGCACCAAGCACGCGCUCGUCCUCGACGUCCUCCAGCUCUUCAACGACCACAACGUCGCGUGGCCCGCGUCGCCGCCAUAUGCGAUGUUUCCGACCCAAGCCGACACGUAUGUUGUCCUUGCUGACGCGCACGUGCUCGGAGGCGAUGACGCGCCGUUGCCAUUGUCGCUGCCGCAUCCAUCGCUGCUGGCGCUACCGUACGACAUCUCGCUCCGCGACUACUUGGUCGCCCAAGGCAUGCCGACGCUCGCCUACACGACGCACGUGGACUGCGACCUGACGGUGCCGGACGAAGACGGUCUUCGCGACUACAUUGCGCGGCAAGUCGAUCGCGCGGCGCUGCCCCCUGCGACGAUGGAGACGUGGGCGACUUUGCUGGGACGCCUGCGCUGCUCGCUCGUCUCGUCGCUCGUUGUCGAGUAUGCCAUUGGAGGCACGGCCGUGCACAAGGAGCGGCACGCGUCGUUUUUGCAUGGCCACCGCCUCUACGUCGAAGAGCCGUUGAACGAAUAUGUGGUGUUUACAACGCUGGCCAACCACGUGUAUGGUCCGUCGUCCGAGCUCGCGUCGUCGGUGGCCAACGCUCUCUUUGUACGGAGCAUGCAGCCCGAGUCGGCCGUGCCGCCGCCGCUCUGGAGCGAGCUGCCUGGCGCGAAGACGCUCAAGCGCAAGCACGACUGGGCCAACCCGCAAGCGCUCGAAGCGCCAAGCAAGCGGCCCCGGCAAGGUGCCAUCUUCCAAGUCGAGAUGCCGCACGCGCCACAAGCGUACCAUCCGCGCCCACUGCAGCUCACGGACGAGAUGCGCAUGGCGAUCGGACGCGCGGGCGAGGCGUACGUCUACGAGGUCCUGUACGCAUCGCUCGGGGCAAGCGUCGAGUGGGUCAACGCCGACGAGGAAACGGGCUUGCCGUACGACCUCUGCAUCAAUAACGCGAGCGGCGGCCGCGAGUACAUUGAAGUCAAAGCCACGAGCACGUUCGACAAGCUCUCGUUCGAGAUGAGUGUCCAGGAGCUCGACUUUGCCGCCGCGCACGGCUCGCAGUACACGAUCUACCGCGUCUUCCAGGUCAAGCCGCAUGUUGGCGCCGUCACCAACUGCCCGAUCGUCAAGCUACGCAACCCCCACACGCUCCUCCGACAAAAGAAGCUCAAGCUCUCGGUCGUCAUGGAUGCCAGCGUCGCGGCCCCGUCCCCGUAA